AUGUAUUACACUGUGAUCAUGUAUUACACUGUGAUCAUGUAUUACACUGUGAUCAUGUAUUACACUGUGAUCGUAUGUAACACUGUGAUCGUGUAUUACACUGUGAUCGUGUAUUACACUGUGAUCAUGUAUUACACUGUGAUCGUGUAUUACAUUGUGAGCGUAUGUAACACUAUGAUCAUGUAUUACACUGUGAUCAUGUAUUACACUGUGAUCGUGUAUUACACUGUGAUCGUAUGUAACACUGUGAUCGUGUAUUACACUGUGAUCGUAUGUAACACUGUGAUCAUGUAUUACACUUUGAUCAUGUAUUACACUGUGAUCAUGUAUUACACUGUGAUCGAGUAUUACACUAUGAUCAUGUAUUACACUGUGAUCGUAUAUAACACUGUGAUCGUCUGUUACACUGUGAUCGUGGGUAACACUAUGAUCGUGUAUAACACUGUGAUCCUGUAUUACACUGUGAUCGUAUAUAACACUGUGAUCGUGUGUAACACUGUGAUAGUGUGUAACACUAUGAUCGUGUAUAACACUGUGAUCGUAUAUAACACUGUGAACGUAUAUAACACUGUGAUCGUGUGUAACACUGUGAUCGUGUGUAACACUGUGAUCGUGUAUAACACUGUGAUCGUAUAUAACACUAUGAUCAUGUAUAACACUGUGAUCCUGUAUUACACUGUGAUCGUAUAUAACACUGUGAUCGUGUGUAACACUGUGAUCGUGUAUUACACUGUGAUCGUAUAUAACACUGUGAUCGUGUGUAACACUGUGAUCGUGUGUAACACUAUGAUCGUGUAUUACACUGUGAUCGUAUAUAACACUGUGAUCCUGUAUUACACUGUGAUCGUAUAUAACACUGUGAUCGUGUGUAACACUGUGAUCGUGUGUAACACUGUGAUCCUGUAUUACACUGUGAUCGUAUAUAACACUGUGAUCGUGUGUAACACUGUGAUCGUGUGUAACACUAUGAUCAUGUAUAACACUGUGAUCCUGUAUUACACUGUGAUCGUAUAUAACACUGUGAUCGUGUGUAACACUGUGAUCGUGGGUAACACUAUGAUCGUGUAUAACACUGUGAUCCUGUAUUACACUGUGAUCGUAUAUAACACUGUGAUCGUGUGUAACACUGUGAUCGUCUGUUACACUGUGAUCGUGGGUAACACUAUGAUCAUGUAUAACACUGUGAAAUUGUUUUACACUGUGAUCGUGUGUAACACUAUGAUCGUGUAUAACACUGUGAUAUUGUUUUACACUGUGAUCGUGUGUUACACUGUGAUCGUGUGUAACACUAUGAUCGUGUGUAACACUAUGAUCGUGUAUAACACUGUGAUCGUGUGA